AUGACAUCUGCAGCAAAUUCCACCUCCACCUCCACGAGCGACGCUGCGGCGCCCGCCGCGCAGAAACCUUCAUUGAGCGCACGCGCGGACACUGGCGCAGCCACUGGCGCAGAUACUGGUGCGGCCGCGGCCACGAGCGCAGGCACACAUGCGCAACAGCGUAACAACGACGACACCGCUGAUGCUACAGCUACCGCGCAACCACAAUCUUCCUCAUCAUCACCGAGUCCGCCGCCUGCGGUUGCCACAGCUGCGCGGGGCAGAAAGCGCAGAAAGCGCAAGAAGCGCAUAUACAGGUGUACGGGUUUCCCCAACUGCUCCAUGACUUUUACCCGGUCUGAACACUUAGCAAGGCACAUUAGAAAGCAUACAGGCGAGCGCCCAUUCAAGUGCGACCUGUGCUUGAAGCGUUUUUCGCGUUUGGACAAUCUCCGACAGCACCGACAGACAGUCCACAUGUAUGAGAACUUCAUUCUUACAUACCCCGGAAAGAACGUGAAUGUGCGCGUGAAGAGCCGCAAGGCGCUGCCCGACAUGCGCAGUAGCGCCACCGCAGAGCGCCAGCGCAGGGCAUGCCGCACCCUCAACGCCAAACUGGACUCCAAGUUGCCGACUUUCAAAUUGAAUUCCAGUCUUAAGGAGUCUGGGAUCUCGCCGCACACGCCCACCGGCGCGUCGGCCAAGCCGCCUGCGCUUAUUUCGCCGCCGCCCUCUGUUCCGUCUUCCAGAGUGACAAUUUCGCAGCCGCGAGGCGCAGUGCUCCCGCCGCCAAGGCGCCAGAACCUUCUGAGCCGCGCACUCUCCGAAUUCAGGCCGAACGGCGUAAACAAGCCCCGCCCAAUCGCCAUUCCCGGCUCCACAAAAUCUUCAAUGCUGAUAACUCCGAACAGCAACAGCGGCACGACGCCGACGCCGGCACAUGCGGGCAGCGCAUCUGCGCCAUAUAUAAACACGCCGCUCUCCGCAUCCGCAGUUUACCCCUGCGGCUGGUCUCCCGCCUUGUAUAGCGCCGGCUUCUUUGAGUCGCGCUCCGCAACUUCUAGCCCCAUCGCAACUUCAACUCCGGGGGUAAUGAUCUUUUCUAAUCCCACAUCUCCGUACGCUCCGCCUCCCGGUUUCAUCUAUCAAGCAUCUCCCCCGUGGGCGCCGACAUCCGCGCAGCCGCAGCUGGUUGCGCCGCAGGAUUACAUGCCUGGAUAUGGGCAGCAGAUGCCGUACAUUCCGCCCGCUCCUGUGGCGCCGCCUAUGCCACCUGCGCCCACGCAAAUGCGCAUAGUGUCGUCGGAGUUUCCUGCACUGAAUGGCAUGUCACAGGCGCAAGCACGGGCACAGGCACAGGCGCAAGCACGGGCACAGGCACAAGCCCACGCGCAAGGCCUGUACCGCUACAGCGCAUACCGCAGUGCGCAGCCGGCGACCGCGCCAAGCUCAGCCACAUCCCUGCACUUCGCGCGAUCCGUCCCAGAACUUUCAAUUCCUUCGAGUUCCGGCCAGUCGUCUCCCGUCGGCUCAGACGUCUCGCCGAUGGCAAGAUUCCCCAAUCUGGAUACGCAUAGCACCAAACACUGGCUACGGAAUGUCCUGAACACAGAAAGAAAGCCGGACUCCGCAGAGGACAGGAAGCGCUGA